UACAGGUCAGACACCGAGCGGCUCCGGGACUUUUCAGAUCACAAAGCGAAGAAAAGUUUGCAGAAGCGGACCUGUGGUCGGCUUCUGACAGCACGUUCAGCCCCAGCCUGUGCGGGCUUCUUACUGCGGGUUAGAGGCUGUACAAUCCUCAGCAGUGUCCUGAGACUGUACGGCCCCGAUCCCCUCACACUGCUUUAUGGACUAUCCAGCAGCUUAAUGACAUAAUCAGUCAGAGAGCUCCUUCUGACCUGCGCACUUCUAUCUCAAACCUGCAAGUGUCACUUCUUCUGGACUUGGACUAAACUUCUGCGGGAUUUACAACUCAAGAGAAAACAUGACGGCCGAUAAGGAGAAAAAGAGGAGCAGCUCCGAGCGGCGUAAGGAGAAGUCUCGGGAUGCGGCUCGCUGCAGACGCAGCAAAGAGACGGAGGUGUUCUACGAGCUGGCUCACCAGCUGCCGUUACCUCACAGCGUCAGCGCUCACCUGGACAAGGCCUCCAUCAUGAGGCUGGCGAUCAGCUUCCUGCGAACGCGCAAGGUGCUCGCCACAGGGAGCAGCAGCAGCAGCAGCAGCAGCAGCAGCAGCAGCAGCAGCAGCAGCAGUGUUGACAGUGAUGAGGACGGACAGAUGGACAGUCUUUACCUGAAGUCUCUGGAGGGCUUUAUCACCGUGGUAACGUCCGACGGCGACAUGAUAUUCCUGUCUGAGAACAUCAACAAAUUCAUGGGGCUCACGCAGGUGGACCUCACAGGUCACAGCAUCUUUGACUUCACUCAUCCAUGUGACCACGAGGAGAUCCGAGAAAACCUCAGCCUCAAGACAUCUGGCAGCGGCUUCGCUAAAAAAGGCAAAGAGCUGAGUACUGAGCGGGAUUUCUUUAUGAGGAUGAAGUGCACGGUGACCAACAGAGGACGCACCGUCAACCUCAAGUCAGCCAGCUGGAAGGUGCUGCAUUGCACCGGACACCUGAAGAUGUACAACAGCUGUCCUCCCAGAGUGCUGUGCGGCUUCACGGAGCCUCCACUCACCUGCGCUGUCCUGAUGUGCGAACCCAUCGCACACCCAUCCAACAUUGACACGCCGCUGGACAGCAAGACCUUCCUGAGCAGACACAGCAUGGACAUGAAGUUCACCUACUGUGAUGAGAGGGUAACAGAGUUGAUUGGUUACACUCCUGACGAUCUGCUGGGUCGUUCGAUCUACGACUUUUACCACGCGCUGGACUCAGACGGCGUCACAAGGAGUCACCACAACUUGUGUUCCAAAGGCCAGGCAGUGAGUGGUCACUAUCGCAUGCUGGCCAAAAACGGAGGCUACGUCUGGGUAGAAAGCCAGGGAACUGUUAUCUAUAACAGCCGCAACUCCCAGCCCCAGUGCAUCGUGUGCAUCAACUAUGUUCUCAGUGACAUCGAGGAGAAGUCGAUGAUUUUCUCCUUGAAGCAGACGGAGUCCCUGUUCAAGACGCGUCACAUGAGCAGCUUCUUCACUGCAGGAGGUGCAGGUCUGACUGGAGAGCCAGGCGAAGCCCUCUUUACCAAACUCAAAGAAGAGCCAGAGGACCUGGCACAGCUGGCUCCGGCACCUGGAGACACAAUCGUUGCUCUAGACUUCGACCGUCCUCAGUUCGAGGAGCCUGCAGGAUACACCCAGGUGUCUGCCGCAGCCAUGCCCCCUCCGGGACCUCCAUCUUGGGCCGCUGAGAGCCACAAGCCUGCUCCCCCUGCAUCAGUUCCAAGGGACAUGACCACCAUGGCUGGUGCGUUCAGUAUGCAGGAGAAUCUGCCACCAGGCAGCGCCACUCCCAGCCUCAGCAGCUGCUCCACGCCCAGCAGCCCAGGUGAUUACUACAGCUCAGUGGAGAGUGACCUGAAGGUGGAACUGACUGAGAAGCUGUUUGCUCUGGACACAAAGAGCAGCAGCAGUCCUGCAAACACUGAGAGGGACUUGAGUGACUUAGACCUGGAUACGUUGGCUCCUUACAUCCCCAUGGACGGGGAGGACUUCCAGCUGAAUCCUAUCAUUCCAGAGUCGGAGCCUCUGGAGAAAGGUGCAGCAGGAUCCAUGGGGAGCAACGGCAGUCUGGCCAAAAUACACCCGUCGACCCAGCAGAGCUUUAGCAACAUCGCCAGCCUCUUCCAGCCCCUGUCCUCCCCUCCACAGCCCCAGGGCCACUACCAGCAGCAGCCAGCUGCAUCCUGGGCCACAGGGGAGAAGAGAGGCUCCAGCCAGGGGACUGCCGACCCCCGCACAGGGUCUUACAUGUUGGGGCACAUACAGAAUCCCCCGUACCAGACUCCAGCCAGCACCCCUCUGUCCUCCAUGGGUGGCAGGCACAAUCUGCAGUGGCCACCGGAUCCUCUGUUAACCUACCAACAACAACGAGCCACCAAGGCCUACCUGAUGAACACGUUGUCAGGAGAGGAGCGCCCGUCCUGCCAACAGAACAUGACACACCACCUGCAGAAACCAAGGUCCCUUGACAAUUUUGUACAGGCCUACAGAGACAUGAGUCCGGCCAGAAUGGUCUUGGCCGACAAUACCAAGCGCUCCUUCACUCAGAUGACUGUGGGUGAAAGUACGGCACCAGAAAUCCUGUGGAAGAAGAUGAGGGGUGACAUUGAUCGCUCCCUCAGCGCAGGAUCAAUAGCAGUGUCAGAGAUGGGGAGGAUGAUGCCAGGCAGCAUGUCCACAUGUCUCAGCUCUCUGCACCAACACAGGAAGUCUCUGUAUCCAGGGAACGGGAUAGGUGCUGCAAAUGAAAAACCCUUUUCUCAAAAGAGCUGCAAAUACACAGAGUAUAACAUGCUGUCUUCUAACAAGACUGAGGGUAUUGCUAGUCGUUUGCUGGGCCCUUCGUUUGAGGCCUCCUGUCUGCCGGAGCUGACCCGUUACGACUGCGAGGUCAAUGUCCCGCUGCAGGGCAACCUGCACCUCCUUCAGGGCUGUGACCUGCUGAGAGCCCUGGACCAGGUCUCCUAAAGCCCCAGAUUUAAAACCCGCCAUAGACCCAGACUCAUAAGCCUCAACCUGCAGCCCGAGACUUAAGCCUCUCUUCGCAAGCUACCUAUAGGGAUUGGUAUUCAUAACCACAUCCUGCCUUAUUUAGUGUACAUGGCUCAGCCCCACAAUCUGCUCCCUGUCCCUUUAUCGCUCAGUACCUAGACCAUCUAAACGAGCUGAGAUAUCAGGGUGAAGCCACUUACAUCCCUUUAUCCUCGAGCUCUCUACUCAGAUCAGAUGCCGGUUGAGUAACCAGUGUGUAAAGGUUGAUCCACACAUAUAAGAUAACAUGAGUCAGCUGGUGAAUAAAGGUCAGCGCGAGACAACUAACUAACAGAGUAAAAAUGACGCAACACUGUCUGACCUGUGUCAUAAAGUCUAGACACUGGGAUUUAUCGCUGAUCAUCGGGUUUGGUUGCGUGGGGUCCGAACCUACAACCUGUGUCUUAUCCGUCACAGACCUCCACCCUGAUAUGAACUCUAUGCAGCUCAGUUCCCUUCUCUUUAUCAUCUUACUCGUUUAGCUCAGAGGAAAAGCUAUGAUACUACCUAGACACUGUGUUUCUUUCAAUUUGUUGUAUUUGACCAGCAAUUAGACCCUGCCCACUUUCGCAGACCCAGGCAAAGCCUCAAGCAAGAGUUGGGUAUCAUUAGAAUAGUAGCUGUUUUCAAAUUUACAACAAGCAAGAAUUCCUUACAAAGGAUGCUCUAUGAUUUUGCUUAUUGAUAACUGAAAAGCUCCCAAAUCACAAAAUGCCGUCUUUGGACGUCCAACACAAGUAAAAACGAUGUUUAAAUGCACAUAUAGAGAUUUUUUGAAUUAUUAUUUUAAUGAUAAACUAAUUAAGAUAAGUGUUUUUUUUUCUUUUUCGACAUAUUUAACUUUUUUUAAAAUCAUUUUUAAAAGACAAGAAACAGAAUAAAGAAGCAGAAGCUCAAUAAAAAUGAUGCCCAACUCUGCUCAAGUCUUUCAAGUCUUUUCCACAUCCGCAAACAGAUGCACACACAAUUCUGCAGUCAGCCUGCCUCUUCUUGCCUGACUCGAUCCCAGCUGAGUCACCACCUUCAGAGUCUCACAGUAGCAUUAGGUCGGUUUGGGUCAAGUUGACAUAUGCAUUAUAUUGUUAUUUUAGUUAUUAUAAUUUCGCUUUUAUCAGAUGUCCUUGCGUUAUUUAAUCGAAAUCGACGGGAUACUUUUUAUGUUCUUAGUCUAACUACCAGAUUCUUUUAUUUUUAAGGUUUUGGUGUCUGAACUCACAGACACACAAAAAAUAAACAUAUAUUGCAAUACAUGUACUCUACUGUAAGUUGAAUAUUGUUAAGUUUUGUUUUUCUAUCUCCUCUCUUUUUAAAUCUAUCCUUGAUUUAUCUUGACUUGUUUCUCUAACUUUCUCAGUCAGGUUAGUAGCUCGUGUGAUUACAGGUUUUGUUUCUUUUCUUAUUGUGCAAUUAUUUCAUUGAGUUAAAGCUAAUAUAGCCAGCGACAAAGCUUGCCUUAUCCACACAUCUGGUAGAUUUUUCAAAGGAUCUGACUCGCACUCACCAGAAGAGUUUAUAUAGAUAGAAAUUGUAGACAAUAAAUUGCAAUAUUGAAAACUAUAAAAAAAUAAAAAAAGACUAAGGAGCAGGGGUGAGUGUGCAAAAGGGGGCCCCCCUCCUGCAGGGAAAUUUCAUUCCUAGCUUUAAUUUUCGCCUCCAAUAGUAUUAAAGUGUUCUCAACUACAGAACAAGUUUUGAACAAGUAUUUAAGCCUGUUUUUCCAACCUGUCAUGUGCAGGUUUUAUUGUUUUUCUAACAUUGCAGGCAGCCAUUGGUUUCCAUUCAUUUCUGUGCAGAAUGAACAUCAAUUAGCACUCUUUUAAAAAAAUAUUUUUUGUCAAAAUUACAUUAUCUGUUAAAUUGCAACAUGAUUUUACAAGUCUGCUCUAAAAUACCUGCUUCAUUUAAUUAAAUUAUAAUACACUGUAGCGCUGAACGUAACAAUUAUUAUUUAUCUCUUCGUCUUUUCUUUUUUAAAUUAUUGUAUUGUUCAUAUUAAUUAUUAUUUCCCAGAGCCGAAAGUAGCAAUUUAAAAUCGGACCAUCAGUCCAAAAGCCAAAGAGAUUGAGAUUACUAUCAUACAUCGGCUGCAUAAUUCAAAUUUAACGCAAAUGAUUUUUGCUAUCUUAUCUAUCUCAACUAUAAUAAAACGUUGCAUGUCAUCUCUGUCAUUCAUAUUCGCAUAGUUCAGAAAUUAAAAUAAACCAAUGUCUCCCUGAAAUGGUAGAAAAAAAUGUCUUUUUAUAGAAUAGUUAGCUUUAAUGUUUGUAGUAAAGGGGCUAAACCUUGCAAAGUAAAGCUAACUGGCUCAAAUGCCCUUCACAUGCCCACAAAUAUCCUCCAAUCACUGGGGGCUAAUCAGACAUGUGCUACAAGGUUAAGAGGGGCUUUUUGGCUGAUCAGAAGGGCAAUUGGGCCAAUCAGAGUGCCACUGGAGUAGGUUUGAACUGUACUUUGGGCUCCUCAGAGCCAAAACAGAGAUUAUGUCAGCUUUGUUGUGAUUUUAUCUUUAAAACGUGGCGUUAGGAAAAGGCCACUUCAGCUUUUAGAUUAAGCAGGGCAGCAAAGGCCGCCCCCUUUGCACCCACCCCACAAACUAAACUACACAGGGUAAAGUCAGACGGCAGCAGAAUCGCAUUAUACAUAUGUACAUAGCAGCAGCAGCAGCCUUAGUUUCAGUGCAGUGCAGCAGCCUGUGAAGUGACUUGAAAGUGUAUGUAUUAUUUUCUAUGAUUAGGACAAGGCCAGUUUUACUUGUAAUUCACGACACAGAGUGGCUGCAGAUAUCAAGUAGCUUUGAUACAAAAUAUUAUUAGUCGUCCUAUUACACGAUGAACUAGAGCUUUUAUUUUCAAACUAUAAAUGUCAGACAAUAUGCCCUUUGUGAAAACUCUCCUUUCCUGUUCUUAAUCUCUAUUUUCUUUUUUCUUUUUUGAGGUAAUCGUCUUUGUGUGGUGACCACUUAAAGAGUUAUAUGAAUUAUAGAGCUUUGUUCACAUAUACGUUACGUAUUUAAAAAAGACAAAACUAAUGUUGAAGAUAGUGUUUGUGUGUUCUGGUACUUUGUCCUUAUCUACCCCUGUAGAUGCAGAAGGAUCAGAUCCCUUGCAGUGCUGUUUCCCUUUUGUGCUGUUUCUAUGUUGUGGCAUUUUUCCCCAAACCACCAGAGUUUUAUCCUUAAAUAUCCUUUUUUCCUAAAAUAUCGAUCGCAUCUGUUGGUUGGGCAGUACUGUUUUUGUUCUCGCUUUAAGACGAUAAAACUAAACUAAAAAAAAAAAUUAAAAAAAAGGAAAUAAGUUCAGAUUAAAGAUGAAUAUCAGUUUCACUUUUCAGAUAUGUAGCAUUUUAUGUAUUGUAAAGAAGAUGAUUAAUCACAUAGUUUUAAAGUUGCAUAUAUACAAGCAAUGGUGCUUCAUAGACCGAUGUAUUUGUCAUUUUGAGAACUUGUAUUACAUCUCUUGGAUCCAAUAACACUAUAUUUUGAUGUUCUCUGCUUUAUGUUAUGCUGAAAUUUUCUUUGAAUCAAUAUAAUGUGCCUUAUGGUCGUCUCAAUACACAAAUACACAUACAGGAGUUUGCCCUUCAAGUGCACAGUUUGUUUCCUGCAACCUGUAGAUGACUUCCUUCGACUCUGGGAGCUAUUUUUGGAUGAAAUCUUAACUUGACAUUGUGUCUUUAAAUCUUGUCUUUUGUACAUUGGCAAUAUAAUGUCGCAGUUGGGAUGAUUUUCAUAAAUAGCUCUCAGGUUUUUUUUUUUAUAGCCAACAGCUCCUUGACAGCCUCCUCUCAAACAUCCAUUUAGGCAAAGAUCAAACAAUAGAAGCAUUUUUAGAUUAAAGUAGAACCCUGUUAGAACCCAUCGUAGAUCCCCUGGUGAAGACGAGUCAAAACUUGUGCAAGGUUUUUAAGGGAACGGGUUAUCCAGCUCAUCAAACAACUAAUAGUCUGUUUGUUGAUGAAGCUGCUUGUGGGUUUUUUUUGGUUUAGUUGGAAAAAGAUUUAACUGAACGAUAAAAGUUCUCCUGGGAUGGUCACACGUCACACAUGUUAAGAGUCCAUUACUGUCACUCUGGAAAACCAAAUUCGAACGGCUUUUAUUUUGAAAAUAUAUUAUAACUUAACUCAACAUGCGCAUAGAAUCUUUCAGAUUCAAAUUUCAGAGACGGCAUCUUAGUUUCAUGGUUUUGGCCGUUAGUUUUACCAGGUACAAUCACAUUAUUUGGACCUAAUGUGGUAAUUCAGAUGUUUAGAAAAGUCUAGAAGCAUCAGAUCUGCAGUUUUAGUAAAUUGCAGUAUCUAAGCGUUUGAGAGGGGAUGUGGGCAGAGAAACAGUUUGAACAGUUACGAAGGAGAUAAGGGAGAUACAUCCUGCUCAGCCUGCCCACUGAAGCAUAUCUCUCAACUCCUCCACUCGACUUAUAAAUCAUCUGUUUAUACUCUCACGCCCCCUCUCGCUUCACUUUCUUUUAAGACUCAAAAGACAGAUUUGGUUUUCCCUCCCCUGAUAUGUCAGUAAUUACUUUAGACAAGAUGCCAUUUUUUUAAAUGUUGCAUACAAAUUGAAAUCAAACUAAAUUAGUUUUCCAGAUGCAUGUUUUUGUGCAACAUAAAACUGUUAAACUGUUAAAGAAUUCCAGUUAAUUCUUGCAGACCAAAGAAGGUUUUCGGACCACUUGUUGUGACACAUGGAAGAAGAACAGCGCCUCAGAUGGACUUUUUUUAAGCAACUGAUGAGAUUUGAAGUAAAUUGUGUUAAUGUAUGUGGAAAGAGUUGGCUAGAUGGAAGUCGAUUUAAAAAAUAAAAAUCUAGGAGGAGGGGAAGUCCCACCCACGUUUUAGCCUCUGCUUCGCUAGCUUAAUAAUUUUUACAAAUGUAAAAUGUAUAUUCCCAGUCAUUUAAACUAAGACAAAACAACUCUUAUUUUGUGAACAUUUUACUGCUUAUAGUAGAUAUUAGUUUGUCUUAGAGGUGGGAUAGAAACCUGAGGAACAGGUGCCAGCUACUUGCAGAUGCAGAAUAAACUUAAAUGCUAGUAGCACAGAUGCUAAACCAAAAAUGGGUGGGGCUUCAGCUCUCUAUAGACCAGUUUGGAGUGAGUGUGCAUACUGGUGGCAGAAACUCAGAGGAAAACUAUUACGAUCUAUAAACAAUAAGAAAAUAGAGUUAAACAGAAGCGUUUCAGGGGGUAACGAUGUCUUGCUGUGCUGUUGGAUGUCAAAACAGAAAUGGUGAAAAAAAGAAAAACUGGCCUUUAUUCUUAGCGAUUACUUUGUCAUGAGCCACAUGUCUCCCUGUUGCUUUGACAAAAUAAAACAUGGAAAUAAAUACAUUUUGGUAACAUUUAAAUUCUCAUUGAUCACCGUUGUCAGCCUAAAUUGAUUUUUACAUUCUCCAAUUAUAAAAAUAUGUAGCCUGCAGACAGCAAAAAAAGCAAAGAGGCAAAGAAAAAAGCUUAAAUCAUCUGGUCCUUCGCUGUAUCCUCAAAAUGUUUCCAAAUCUAACUAUUGCUAUACUGCCCUACAAAGUCUAACUGCAGUAACUACAUUUUUGGUCAAAAGUGAGUUAUAACUAUGUUAUAACUUGAUGUCUGUUUUAUCUUGUGAUAAUUAUAUCAAAACCGCAAAAUCCAACUCAAAAGCAAGUAGUAAUUUUAGUUACCAAGGUCUGCUUUGGAUAUAUAUACUAAUUAAAACAUAAAGAUAAUAGAAAUUAUAAGUUUAUUUGAAAGGGAAACUAAUAUCUAGAAAGUGAUUAAGUAAGAAAAAGUGAGAUAAAAUGAUAUUAGGACUAAAAUAUAACAUUUCUACAUAAUAUUAAGUCUAAAUUACGUGAGUAUUGAAUUUGAAAACGUUUAUCAACUGAAGACAAAAUAUAAAAGCUGAAAGAAGACAACACUCUGUUUGUGCGUUACUAUUAGAACCUUUUACAGCAGUGCAGUAACUACAUUUUUGGGGUCAAAGGUCAAAUAAAUCAUCAUGAUUUUUUUGCAUAAAAAUGACAUCAUCAAUACAUGUAGAAAUUAGUGUCAUAUCACUUAUCUACCUAUAACUCAUUUGGCUGGCCAGACACUUUAAAGCAGUUUUUCUCAGUUUUACCUUUUGCCUAGUUACUGCAGUUAGACUUUGUAGGGCAGAAUAGAUUUCAAAUGGAUUUUUAUUUCAUUUUUUCUUUCACUGCCAGUGCUUCUGGCUUAGCCUGAUCUGCAGCAAGAAAUUAGCAAAUUGCUUUCUUUAUAAAGCUCAAAUUUGCAGCUCCAGGUUGAAUUUUCCUUUAUCUUUUCAGUUUAAAUGGAAGAGGAUGCUGACUUCAAAUUCCUGCCCUAAUAUCAUCACAGGUUGCAGCUGCACUCUUUUAAAAGUCGAGCUGUGUGUCGAUGAAAUGAGCACUGCAAAUAUGAGAUUUUCAGAUUGGUUUCUGUUCUGAUAUUCAACGACACAGCUGUCAUUAUUGUUUUCAUAGAUCGGCCGUUAAUACUAGCUAUUUCCCUCUGAAUUUUAUUAAAGUAACAUAUAUAGGAGCAGUACCUCUGUCUUCAGACAUAUUUUGAUGUUUAGCCACUCUAUUUUGGGUCCUUUACCAGUAGCUUACUGUCACUUUCUGCCACCAGGUAGUUUGUAAAAAAUAAACUGGUCUAUUUAAACCCUAGAAAGCUCUCACCAGUCCCACUUCUCAACAUACUGUGCUGCUUGAAGGGUGUCAUCCCAAAACUGAUGUGACAAAGCGUUUCAUUCAUUCAUUCAUUCAUUCAUUCAUUCAUUGCAGUUCCUCUUUAAAGACGAUAUCAGCAUCUUGUCUUGUGUCUCGUGUGACAACAGGGUUUUUUUUUUCUUUAUGGGAUCCAUGUUCAGCUACUUUUAUUCUAUUUUUGUCAUACAGUAAAGUUAUAUUAGCCGAUUCUGCAUUUUUUUAAUAUGCUAAAAAUUCAAAUUGAUAUUAUUAUUAUUAUUAUUAUUAUGAUCAUAUACUGUUAUUAUUGGUAUUACUAUAUGAUUACUAUAUGGGGAAUUUUACCCAAUAAGAAGUUUGUGUUUCUGCACUGAUAUCUUAUCAUUAAAGCAUACUGAUCUUACCCUCC